CUCUGCGCCACGUCACCUUCGAGAGACUCACAUGGGUUUGUUUUGAAUGGUGUCUGUUUGACAGUUCUGCUGUUGCUUUCUUUCGUCUCAAUAUAAAACGCCAGCAUUGUGGAAAUAUGUUGCCCACAGACGGUUUCAUGUGUUUCCCCGGACAGACGUGGGAAAAAGUGCUGUCAAAGGUAAAAAAGGCUGUUGUUUUCAUGGACGAUCGGUGCUCGGAGAGUUUGCACUGGAACGGAGGAGCUGCGCUUCUGUUUGAGGCUGGAGCUCGAAACAUCAAACAAUUCUCAAGCUUUGAAGCAGGUGGACAGAAUGAACCCAAAGCUGUGUUUGUGGUCAGCACCGUUCUGAAAGGUAGAACCGCAGACAUUAUCAAAGACAUCAUUUCCCUCAGUCACUUCCAGUACUGCGUGGUUUUCACAACUGUUCCUCACUCCAUUCACCUGCUUGCGAAUAAUGUGACCACUGAGUUGGAGGGGAACCCGGUGUUCGAGCAGUUUGAAGAGAAACUGUGUGAGUGGAUGGGUGAUAUGAACUAUACCGCUGAGGUCAUGCAUGUCCCUGUGGUCUUUGCCCCUCUGACACAGCAGCUCCAUCUUUUGCCUGCUUUCUCUGAUCUCUUCCCUUUAUUGGAAGUGGAUCUUGAGGCCAUCAAUGAGAAGAGGCCGGAGAAAAGACGAUUCGGGAGUCUGAUGGAUGUGGAUAUGCACUCUCUCCCACCUGAGUUACAGAUUCAGAUUAAAUCUCUCGCAUCGGCCCUCAACGCCCUGUUUGAGUUCAUCAGUACUCGUGAAGAGAGCUAUUCUGUGGGUCCGAUAAGCCGUCUGAUCGCAGGGGAGCUGGCCAGUCAUCCACAGGCCAAAAACAGGAGGAAGUCAGCCCCCAAUAAAGCAUCAAUAGUGUUUAUUGACAGAUCUCUUGAUCUUACAGGAGCUGUUGGCCACCAUGGUGACAAUCUGGUUGAGAAAAUUCUUUCCGUGUUGCCACAGUUGCCAGGUCAUGUGACUGACGUUCAGGUGGACAUGCUAGAGCUCACACACCUGAAGCAGACAGCUGAGGGCAUCUUGGCACCAGGCUGCUUGGCACAGAACCAAUCUGCCACUGCACGGUUGCUGUGGGAGACAAUGCUGGUUGCUAAGCAAAAGGAGGCAGUGAUGGAGGUGAGGAGGCAACUGGUCGAGGCAGCCAGCAAAGAGAACCUGCCAAUCAAAAUGAGUCUAGGGCGGGUUACAGCCGAACAGCUUUGUUCAUAUGUGCAGUUGUUUCGGGACAGUUGGGGAGCUCUGGAAAGUCACAGUGGGGUCCUACAGCUGGGACUGGCUGCUGCUCAAGCUCUCCGUCAUCCCGCCCUCCCGCGCUGGGACGCCUGCCUUGCUUUUGAGAGACUCCUCCUGCAGGCCUUGGGGGACUCGGACCUGGCAGAGGUUCUGAAACAACUUCUUCCGCUCAUAAAGUCCAGUGAGUCUGGAACAGGUUCUGGGUCUGGUGACCUGAGCGUGGAUGAUCUUCUGGUGCUGCUGGUUUAUGUGUACUCCAUGGCUCAGGAAGCAUGUCCGGGUGGCCCUGAGGAGGAAAAGCGCAUUGAGAAGGUGGAAAAUGAAUUGAUUGGCGCACUGACACUCCGACUCACCCAGCAGACCACAUUAAGCCCUCUUCUGCAGGAGAUCACAGGAAUCUCAGGCCCUGUGGAGCUGACAGUGAAGCAUGCUCACUCUGCCCUGGAGAACGUGUUUGAGACGCUGAGGGGAGUCAGUCACGCCCGAGACCACCUGAAGCACUUCAACUCUGUGUACACUGCCAGUGAUGGAGCACACCAGGCGACAUACCGGCCAUUGCUUAAGCAGGUGCUAGAGGAGAUUUUCCACCCAGACAGACGUGAAUGCCCUGAUGUAGAGCACAUGUCGGGGGGACUGACUGACCUUCUCAAGACUGGCUUCAGCAUGUUCAUGAAGGUCACCCGACCACACCCAAGUGAUCAUCCACUCUUGUUUCUCUUCCUGGUGGGCGGAGUCACACCAUCAGAGCUCCGCCUUAUUCGUGAAGUUGUCUCCAAUCAUAAAUCAGGCACUCAGGUACUCGUAAUGUCCACUAGGCUGCUGAGACCUUCCGAUGUCCCACACUUACUCUUUAGCGCUGACAGGCUCAAACCUGACAUUGGAGUGUGAAGGGACUAAACACACACAAAUCUGGGUGUUUAAGCCAGUGCUUUCCGACAUUGUUUGCCUUUGGUCUGAGUUUCAGAGGUAUCUGAUCAAAAAAAUCAUGGUUUAAGGAAUAUACAGAACAUGCUUCUGUUCCUUUUAAAUACCACAACAUCCCAUUCCAAUAUUUUCACAUUUUGUUGUAUGUGACCAAAGACGCUAUCUAAUCAUUUUCCCUUCAAGUCCCUCCAUUUUUUCCCUUUAAAAUAAAAUCUUUGUUGGCCUUAUGCUCAUGUGUGUACAGUUAAUUUUUGCAAAAACAGUGCAGCGUGUAAAUUUCUAGAGUCACAUUUCACUCUGUUUCUUCAUGCUGUUGGCAGAUACAGCACAUUCUCCAGUUCAGUUCUUACAAUCAGCCAUGUGUUGAUUCUCACAAGAGCUUCCCUCUUCAUCCUUCACUCACUUCUGGGCUGUUGGAGGAGUGACAGAUGGGAAAAGGGCAGAGGUCAAAAAGGGUGGCGACAUCCUUUAGAGCAGCCCUUUCUGUUCUGCCUUCACUUUCUCUUACACACAUUUACUUAGCCAUCAAUAAAAGGGGCAUACUAUACACCUCAGAUGUUUUUAUAUAACAAAGCUAAGUAUAAAAAACUAAUUAUCAAAGAUAAAUCUAACCCUAACUUUUUAAAACUUUAGAAUGAUGUGUUUCUAAAAAGACGUUUUGUCAGUAAAAACAUUCCUGUUCCUCAAAAUGUAACACACCGUAAUCGUCAUGCUUUUAUGUGCAUAUUUCUAACUCUUAUGAGAUUUGAAUUUGUGUUUCACAUUUGCCAAAAACUAUUACCCCAGCAGGUGUCUGACAAAGGUGCUAAAACACCUGAAAUCAGUUACGUUCCUCUAAAUUCAGGGGGGGGUUUUUACACGUUUAUCCAUAUAUAUGAACAUUUGACUUGUUAAAUGUAUAUUUAGGGUGUUGGUUGUUUUAUUGACUGUUUACCAUGUGGAAAACGUCAGCAUUAAAACUAUAUAGUAAAACAAACUAAGAAUGCUUGUUUUAUAUACACUACUAAGACUUCAGUGUUUUUAAAAUAAGUCUCUUAUAUUUGCUUUUAUGUGAUCCAAAAAAGGUAAUAUUGUGAAAAAUGAUUACAUCUGUGACACUGGACCACAAAACCAGUUGUAAGUAGCAUGGGUAUAUUUGUAACAAUAGCCAACAAUACACUGUGUGGGUCAAAAUGAUCGAUUAUUCCAAAAUUCAUUAGGAUAUUAAGUAAAGAUCAUGUUUUAUUUAGAUAUUUUGUGAAUUUCCUACCGUAAAUAUAUCAAAACUUAAUUUUUGAUUAGUAAUAUACAUUGCUAAGAACUUCAUUUGGACAACUUUAGAGGUGAUUUUUUCAAUAUUUUGAUUUUUUUGCACCCUCAGAUUCCAGAUAUUCAAAUAGUUGUAUCUUAAACCGUUCAUCAAUGGAAAGCUUAUUUAUUUAGGUUUCCGAUGUGUAGAUUUUUAAAAAAAUGACCCUUAUGACUGGUACGUUAUAAUAUAUAUAACAAAUUUAAAAUUGUAAUUGAUUCCUGUGAUGCAAAGCAUCAUUAUUUGCAGCAUCAUUACUCC